AUGGUACUUCUUGGACACUCAUUGUGUGCACAAUCUGUAGAGCUGGAGCUUGAGGGAUCUGAUGUAGUUGCAGUAGAUACUUUAACAGAGGCUACUGAUCAUUCUGCAGCAUUGGCUGAUUAUUCUCUCUUUACUAAAACGGAGGGUUCAUCCUUUAUUGCCAUUCUUGUCUAUGUUGAUGACAUUCUCAUAGUUAGUAAUGAUAUGCAAGCUGUUGAGUCUUUAAAGUCCUUGCUUAAUGAGAAGUUUAAGCUUAAGGACCCUGGCAAACUCAAAUAUUUUCUUGGUUUGGAGGUGGCACGUUCUCCUGCUGGUAUUUCAUUAUGUCAGAGAAAAUAUUCAUUGAAAAUUCUUCAAGAUGCUGGUCUUCUUACUUCUAAACCUCUUACUUUUCCUACGGAACAGAACAUUAAGUUGAGUAAGGAUGUGGGAGACCUGUUGCCUGGUCCUACAGUUUAUAGAAGGCUUGUAGGGUGCCUUCUUUACCACACAUUAACUCGGCCAGAUUUAUGUUACUCUGUCAAUAGACUUAGUCAAUAUAUGGCUAAGCCUAGACAGCCUCAUUUACAAGUUGCCUACAGAAUUUUACAAUAUGUCAAAGGCACUUUUGGACAUAGAUUUUUUUUUCAAGCCAAUAAUACAUUGUCUCUUAAAGCUUUUAUUGAUUCUAAUUGGGCUUCUUGUCCUAACAAUAGACGCUCUACAAGUGGUUAUUGUGUUUUUCUUGAGAAUUCUUUUGUUUCAUGCAAGACCAAGAAACAGACAAUUGUUUCUAGAUCUUUUGUCGAGACUGAGUAUCGAUCACUGGCUUCUACUACUUGUGAUAUCAUUUGGUUUCUAACCUUAUUAUCUGAUUUUAGUGUUUCACAUUCUCAUAGUACUCAACUUUUGUGA